CUGAUUGUCAAUUUUUCUGAUUAGUGAACAUUGUUUACUUUAAUUAUGCGUCUGUUUUAAUUGAUAUCUGAUGAUUAGAUUAUUUUUUUGAGAAUAAUUGUUUUUGUUUACAGCGCGAGUGAUACCCGAGGGUAUCCCUAUUUCCCUGUGACAAACUGUUUAAUCUAGAGGAAAUGAUGGCUGCGGCUCAACCGGAUUGUGAGUUGGAUUUUGUUUAUUCUGAUUGUGAUUCUCAUGCAAAUGAAAUCGCUGAGUUAUACUCUUACUCAGAAUCGUGUGAAUUUGAAUUAAACAAAUCUAGCUACGAGGAACUAUGUUCCGAGUGGAAAAUCUCCAAGCCUUGGGCAUCAUUAGAGCCAUCGGAAAAAAAUUGGAUCAUCGAGCGUCUCUGUGAAACGGUUGAACUUGGUAAGAAAGAAUUGCGAUUUAAAGGCUUAAAGGCUUUACUCUACCUGGUUCAAGGUGUUUUUGGUGAAUGUUCAACGGUUGAAGAGCAACAAACAAUCUCAAAACAAAAUGUCUUCCUUAUUUAUGAGAAAGGACUUUUUCCUACUUUCAUUCAGCUUCUCAUGAUGGAAAUUGAAGAAAGUCUACACUUGCACAAUUCUUGGCAUCCUCCUAUUAACAAAAACGAUUCAACAGACUUUAGAAUUAUUUUGAACAUAAUGUACACGAUUGUCGAAGUUUUCAAUAGUAUGAUUGACAAAACGUCCAAUAUGGAAAUGAAACUUCGGGACCAGUUUAAGGAAGAAUUGACUCAGCCCAUAUCGACAACUAAUGAGCUUUUAGCGCUGACACUUUUUCAAAUGACCACCAAAUUCUGUAAUGGAUCUGCUCCACAUUUUCCUAUCAAGAAGGUUAUGUUGUUGUUAUGGAAAACAAUAUUGAUCACUUUGGGUGGUAGCGAUGAGCUCAAAAAUCUCAAAAAUUACUACAGAUCUCGCGUCGGGCUACCUCCAGCCCCAGAAGAUACUCUUGAAAUAACCCGAACAAUGAGACCUGCAUCACCUCCAGUAGCUUAUAGUGAAAAUGCCGAGGGUCAGCUUCGUAGAAUGAUUCGACCAAUGAAACGUCCACGAAUGAUUAGUAAACAAGAAUCGAUGAUUGCUGAUGACAUGUUGAAUGAUCUAGAAGUUAAUUAUACCAAUGGUGAAGGUGAACAAUCUGUUGAUAACCAAGAAUCUAAUGAAAUUGAACGAACUGAAGAAUCAAAUGAUAAAAAUGCAGAAGAAAAAGUUGACAUUGACUCUUCUCCGGCUUCUGAAAGACCAUCGACUCCAGUGCCGAAGCCAAACUCAGAUGAAGAUGCUGAAGCCGAUACUGAAGUUCAAAACAUCAGCAAAGGUUUACCUUGGAUGCCGAAGGUCAGACAUAAGGAUAUCGAUACUUUCCUUGAACAAGCUCGCAUGAAGUUCAUUGGAUUCACUUUACCCCAAAAUCGCAGUACAACUGCUGGCCUUCCAGAACCGAUUCUAGAAGGUUUGAGAACCUUACAAAAGCAUCUUUACAUUUCAUUAUCCGAGCUUCAGAUACAAAAAGAGGACGAAAUUGCAAAAUAUCCUUUAACUGUUGGAGAACUGGAUACAAAACCUUUAUCAUCUCCAACAGAAGCACUUUAUGAAUCCAUGUUACCAUCUUUACCUCAGUACAUGAUUGCCUUAUUGAAAAUCCUCUUAGCCGCUGCGCCAACAUCAAAAGCAAAAACUGAAUCAGUGAAUAUAAUGUGUGAAAUUUUACCUGAAACUAUGCCCAUGAACGCUGUCCAGUCCAUGAAAUUUGGAACUGAUGUAAAUCGUCACAAAGAGAUCAUAAUCAAAGCAGUUUCUGCCAUUCUCAUACUUUUACUCAAACAUUUUAAGAUAAAUUAUGUUUACCAAUUCGAGAAUGUUAGUCAACAAUUGAUGUUUGCGAAUUGUAUUCCGUUGAUAUUGAAAUUUUUUAACCAAAAUAUCUUCCAAUAUAUUAGCUCACGAAACAACAUCGCACUAAUCGAUUUUCCUAAUUGUGUUAUCGGUGAACAGCCGGAAAUUACAUCAGAAAUGCUUGAAUUGGAAAUGGGUCCAAGGGAGAAAAAGAUUCCCUGGCGAAACAUUUUCUCUUGUAUAAACAUGGUUCGAUUAUUGAACAAACUGACAAAAUGGAAAAUGUCCAGAAUAAUGAUGUUGGUUGUCUUCAAAUCAGCACCUAUUUUAAAACGAGCUCUUCGAGUGCGACACGCGAUGUUUCAACUAUACGUAUUGAAGUUACUCAAAAUGCAAGCGAAAUAUUUGGGUCGUCAAUGGAGAAAAUCAAACAUGAAGACUUUAAGUGCGAUCUAUCAAAUGGUGCGACAUCGAUUGACCGAUGAUUGGGCUUUUGGCAAUGAAAUGGACACUCGACCUUGGGAUUUUCAAGGAGAAGAAUUUAAUCUUCAAGCAAACAUUAAUCGUUUCCACAAUCGACGCUACAGUGUUUCAUUAACUUGUGUCUCUUCACAUUUAUCAAGUCAAUCAACUGGAGGUCAUUCAGUGAUAAAUGGUCAUCUCAACUCAUCCAAUCCCGAUAAUCUUUCAUAUGCAUCUCAAAUGGAUAUAUUUAAACCUGUAGACAAUAACUAUUUAAGCGUUUUGAGCAAAAAGUUACAAUUAACGGAAGAUUUCAAAAACAAUUAUGAACAUUGGCUCCAGCGGGAAGUUUUCCAAUUUAAUAUCGACUGGGAUCAAUUACUUAUUCAAACAAAUACAUCAGAUAUGUGAUCAAAUGAUGAAACGCUUUUUUUACCUGUUAAUAGCUAUAAAUUGUUCACAUAUUCAUUUAAAUCUAGUAGUUGAAUUGAUUGCAUUAACAGAAAUCAAAUUGUCACCGAAAAACAAAAAAAAAUUGAUGAUUCAAUUAAAAUAUGUCCAAUGGGACAAAUUUUUGGGCCUAAAAA